CAAAUCUCGGGGUCUGCCGCAACAUAUUCCUCUCGCUUCUCGGCGGCUGGUGAUGUUCCUCGACCGUGCUUCGAUCGAAUGGCAUGUCCUGCGCCUUGUAUUUGUCCAGGGCUGACAGCAGGCCCUUCAAAAAUGUUCCUCCCCGCCAUGCUUUAUCUAUCGCCAACACGUUUCCGAUCGGGCCACUGAGCCGUUCUUGCAAGACAUGUAGAUCUCCAAAUCGCACUGGUUCUGCUAUAAAAUGGACUCCAAAACCAUGGGGAGUGGACCCAUCCACUCCUCGUCUCUGCAUACACCCACUCCUCCAGCCCACCGGUGAUGACUUCUACUUCGAACGAUGUCCUCUCUUGGACCAACCAGGAUCCUCGCGAAAGCAUCCUCUUCAAUUCCUGGGGUGUCAUCUACCGCUUCUCGACCGUGGUCAGCGCGACCGGCCAGAGCGUGACCACUCUCUAUCGCACGAUCCGGCCCAACAAAGAAGACCGGGUCGCGAAGCUCGAAUGGGCGCAGAACGGUGGUCUUGGCCGGGUCAACACCCUCCCCAUGGCUGACCUCGUCCGAGCGGAUCCGCGCAUACAAGACUCGCGAGUGUUUUAUGGGCCGGAUGGACUGCAGUAUCGUUGGCGGCCCAGCUCGAACAACACCGACAUCGUGCUGCAAGACCAUAACGGAGUCAUCGUCGCAUUCUUCAGGCCAAUGCGUCUGACUCGGUACCAAAUCGGGGAUGUGUACGGCGAGCUACAUUUCAUUCGCACCGCGGGAUCUGGGACGGUGACGCAUCCACCGAUCAUGGACAUGGUGACUGUCACCGCGAUGCUCUAUCGGUUUUGCGCAGCGUGGAACUUGCAGUGAAGGAUGAGGGGACCUCGGGCUUGUAUUUUAUUCCAAACACUGUACAUGUAAAUCAGUAAUCUCCAACUCGUGUCAUGAUUAUCC